CGUGAGAUGGGGAAAGAGAACUGCAGUGUUAUGCAGGUACUUUGUGAGAGCACCAAGUGCCAAUUAGCCACCGUGAAUUGCUUUUUCCAGCUACCGGACCAAAAGAAAACAUCCUGGGUGCAUCCAAGCUCCAAACUACAGCAUCUCAUCAACGAAAUCGCUGUCCCGCAGCAUCAUCUCCAGGCUGGACCAAUCACGACAGCCAUGUAUGGGCGGGCUUCUGGAAAGACCAUCACAAUCCCGCAGUGUCCGGAUAACCUGCCCGCGGGGGAAUAUUCUUCUUAGGUUUCCUUGGGAUGCCGCAAGACACCUGAAGUAGGAGGAAAGGAGCAAUGAGCUCCCAUUGAAGUGGGGUCUUCUGCCAAGCCAACCCUGGCCAAUCGCUGCUGAGACCUUCCCAGCUCUCUCCCUGCUGUACAAUCCCAGUGGUUAACACUGCACUCAGCUUUCCACACAAGCCGGGAGGAGUGCAGAGGGGAGGGAAUUCUAUUGCUUUCACCAUUGGCUCCCCAGAUACAUAAGACAUGUGAGCUCAGGGCGAGCUUCAGAGCUGGUCACUGCCCCAGAGAAGGCAGGGCCAUGGCUUCUGUGCUGGAGAAAAUAGCAAACCCUUCCUCUCUGCUUUUGUACCUGGCUCCGGGGCUUUGCCUCAUCUGCGUGCUGCUGAAAGCGACCCAGCUGUACCACAAGAGACAGCAGCUCCUCAAAGCUUUGGAGAGCUUCCCGGGUCCCCCCAGCCACUGGCUGUACGGCCACAUUUCAACAGGGCACAGAGAAUUCCUUUCUCAAGCUGAAGCAUUAAAGAAUAUAUCGUCUUGGGCAAAAAAGUACCCCUAUGCCUUCCCCAUAUGGACUGGAGGCUUCAAGGCUGACUUAGUAAUCCACCACCCUGAUUAUGCCAGAGCUGUGUUUGGCCAUGGAGAUCCCAAGAACGUGACUGGUUAUAAAUUUGUAAUUCCCUGGAUUGGCAAGGGAUUACUGAUCUUACAUGGGCCAAAGUGGUUCCAGCAUAGAAGGCUGCUGACCCCAGCGUUUCAUUAUGACGUGUUGAAACCUUAUGUCGCGCUUAUGGCAGAAUCUACCAAAGUGAUGCUGGACAAGUGGGAACGCCUGAUCACAGUGGAUAAGUCGGUGGAGCUCUUUGAACAUGUCAGCUUGAUGACCCUAGACAGCAUCAUGAAAUGUGCCUUCAGUUGUCAUAGCAACUGCCAGACUCAACGUGACUCAGACACCUACAUCAAAGCCGUCUACAACCUGACCUACCUAGUAUUCCAAAGAAUCCGCUUUUUCCCGUAUCAUAAUGAUUUAAUCUAUCGAAUCAGCCCUCAAGGACGUCGCUUUCAAGAGGCCUGCCGACUAGCGCACCUCCAUACAGAUACAGUAAUAAAAGAGAGAAAGAAGUCCCUGCUAGAUCAGCAAGAACUUGAAAAGAUGCAGAAGAAGAAGCACUUGGAUUUUCUGGACAUUCUUCUGUGUGCCAAGGAUGAAAACGGCACUGGACUGUCCGACGAAGACCUACGCGCCGAGGUGGACACGUUCAUGUUUGAGGGGCAUGAUACCACGGCCAGUGGGAUCUCCUGGAUCUUGUACUGCAUGGCCCUGUACCCAGAUCACCAGCAGAGAUGCAGGGAAGAGAUCCAGGAGAUUGUGGGAGACAGAGAUACCGUGCAAUGGGAUGACCUUGGCAAAAUGAUUUACAGCACCAUGUGCAUCAAGGAGAGCCUCCGCCUGUACCCUCCGGUAAUUGCAGUGGGCCGACAACUCAGCAAGCCCAUCACGUUCCACGAUGGACGUACCUUGCCAGAAGGUUCUCAGGUGACUGUGCAUAUUUAUUCUCUUCAUAGGAACCCAACUGUAUGGCAAGAUCCAGAGGUGUUUGAUCCCAUGAGGUUUUCUCCAGAGAACGUGGCCCGGAGGCAUUCCCAUGCGUUUGUGCCCUUUGCGGCUGGAGCACGGAACUGCAUCGGGCAGCAGUUUGCCAUGAACGAGCUGAAAGUGGCCCUGGCCCUGACUCUGCUCCGUUUCGAGCUUUCUCCUGAUCCAGCCAAACCGCCCAAGGGAAUUCCUCAGGUUGUCCUCAGGUCCAGCACUGGGAUCCACCUGCUCUUGAAGAAACUGCACUGAGAAGCCCUGGAGCCCCGUGUCAGCAGGAUCGGUUCGUUCCCGAGGGAACGCAAUCAAUGGGUGUUUUUUUGGACAGCCCCCCCUUCAGCCAACCCAUUCCACAGCCUUCCCCGAAUCCUCAGGCCCAGCUGCUUUCUCUGGGCCCUUCCCCAACCCCACAGCUGGGUGAGCAGCAGUCUUGGCAGGAGACCACAGGCCUGGAUAUGGGAGCAAAGCAUCAUAAGCGCCUUGUCCCUGGCUAGGAAGCACUUUCACCCAUCGGUGCCAUGUGCACUGGGUGCUGAGCCAGCACGUCCCUGGGUCCCAACCCAUGCAGGGCCGAGGGCAGCACGUGUCCCCUUCCCGCAGCCCCUCACGCUGGGUUCUGGGGGCACAAGCAGAGCUCGAGGUGCAAUUUCACAUCUCUUCUCUAGCACAGACUAUAGAGGGCAGCACUGAAACAGACCUAGCUCUCCUUCCUCCCUACAAGUUUUAGGCCAGGUCUACACUACGUGAGAAAGUCGACCUAAUGCGCAAGAUACGAGAAUAGUGUAGCUGGAGUUGACGUACCUUGAGUCAAAUUUCUGCACCGUCCCCGCUGUGGGACAUCAAUGGGAGAAUCUCAGGGAUAGUGAAGAGAAGCCCUAAGAGUCCCCUCAGUUUCCAUAGUAUAAAAGCCAGUGACCAAGCUGGGGCUUAUGGCCUCCUAACAAAAUUUAAACACAAUUUACACGGGUGCACUGUAAUUUGCACUAACGCCCAGCCUCCAAGUGUAGACGAGGCCCAACACUUACCCCCCACAUGGUAGCACAUUGGUCUAUUGUGCACGACUCACCUACCCAUCCUGCCUUGCAGAGAGCUGGCCCCAGACAAGCAUCCACAAAAAAGGUGUGGAUUGCACCCCUACAGCCUCGCUCAUUCCUAGUGAGGGACUAACCUCCAGGCUUGUCUGGGAAGAUAGAUGUGUGAGCUGGGCCAAGUCUCCCAGUUGGGAGGUGGGUGAACACUGCUACGCCCUGAGAUGCUCUGGAGUUUUGGUUCGGCCCAUUCCAGAAAGAGAAGCCCUUGGGAAUUUUUUGCUCCAGAUCUGAACUUUCUUCAAGCAGCGGCUGUUCAGAUCUCAGCUCAGUGUUCUCUGGAAUUUAAGGCACCAACAGGAUGCAACAUGGACAACUAAAGACCCAUGCAGGCUGUCUUCAGCCUACACACACAGCUCUCAAUGGCCCUAAAAACUCACCCAGCUGGAGCCAAGAAUCUUUAGACUCACCUUCCCUCUCUAAUCCAAAAUGGAUUCUUACAUGAUCCCCAGAGUAGAACUUGUCACCUCAUUUAUACUAGACAGAUAUUAAAGGUUCUACCUGCCCAUUCAUUCAUAGAAUCCGCUCCUCUACUGUAGCAACUUCCUGCCCAGAGCAAGGUUCUGCUAUUCCCUCCUCCCUGGGAACCUGAUCCCAGGUCUUCCAAUGAGAGUCUUCUAUUGAUUUGAAUGGGCGUUGGUCCGGCACUUGGAAAAUGCAACAAUUAAUGGCCCAAUGUUCUGUGCAUUCUUAUGGCCAUGCUGCGGCCUACACUGUGCCUUGGAAUGUUAAAAUCUGCAGUGACCUGGAACCAGAAAGACAGGAGAAAAGACCUUGGCCCAGCCAACAGGUCCCAUACCAUUAUUGCUGUUCAAUAGAUAUCAAUAGAUAUCAAUAAAUUUGCCUUCUCUGACAAUAUUUAA